AUGACAGACACAGACCCCAGCAGUCCCCAACGGCCCUCCGAAGACGUCAUGUACGUCCUCUUAGGACACGUCGGCGCCACCGCCAGCCCUUCCGCCCUCACCACCUUUCUGCUCGUCUCCCGCUACUUCCACAAGAGACUCAUUCCCUUCCUUUACGCAUCACCGACGCUUACCCAACGGAAUAACUUUGGCUUCUUUUACCCGCUCUACUAUGACGACCACAAGAUUGAUGACGUUGAUGACGAUGAGAGGGAACAAUGGUGGCAAGGAGACAUAGCGGACAAAAAGUCGGCAGUUGCGAGAAGGCUGGCUAUGCUGGGACAUGUGCAGUGUGUCAUCUUUGAGGAUUAUGCCACUGCAAGGGCUUGCAAUUCAGCGGUCUCUGCGUUUCUCGCGCAGGGUCUUGACAGCCCGCCCAUGAAAUGGUACGGGUACACAUCCAGCAGCCAAGACAACUCUUCUCCCGCCCGUCGCCACCUCUUCUAUGGCCGCGCUCACACCCUCAUACACCUCCCCGAUAGGUUUCUAUUUGGGUUAUCCUUGGAUGACGAGGACCAACGAGUCCAGACAUUUCAAUCGAUGCUGGGGCCAUUUGGGGUGUUGUCGAUUCAACAGCCAGUAGAUUUACCGGGACUGCAAUGGAUGUGCGUGCCAUUUUAUCUGGAACCAAUCUGCCGAAGGGCUGAGCCCCUCGUACUGGUAAUCGACGACUACGAUUACAUCGGCCUCGCCGAUAUACUGUCUCCCUCCCAACGCGGUAUUGCAAUGCGCCUCCGGGGCAGCACGGAUUCUCGGCCAAUUGCACAAACGGAUAAAGUCGUUGAGUUCUUGUCACAGCACAUGAGAAUCACGCGCGAGCCCCUCUUCUACAUCAUAUAUGGCUUUACGAUGGAUGAGGCGAGCUACGACCACUGUAACGGCGAACGAUUCAGUAACUUGAUCCUCAACCGUGCUUUUGCAGCAACCUCUCAAUCGCCUGAAAAGAGGAUCGUGAGGCUGGAGGUCAUAAUGCAAGGCCCUCAGUCGAAUGCUGCUACGGUGGAGAGGAUGAGGUAUGAUAUAUUCGAGCUGAUGAAGAAAGGUUGA